GAGCAGGAAGUGGCGGUGCGAGGGCUGCUGCACAGCUAGCAGAGCCGCGGUCCGGACGGCAGCGCGUGCCCCGAGCUCUCCACCUCCCCCCGCCCGCCAGCCCGAGGCCCCCGAGCCCAGCCCGCGGCCCCAGCAGCAGCGCCCAGAGCAGCCCCAGCAGCAGCGCCAUGGCCGGGUGGAACGCCUACAUCGACAACCUCAUGGCGGACGGGACCUGUCAGGACGCGGCCAUCGUGGGCUACAAGGACUCGCCCUCCGUCUGGGCCGCCGUCCCCGGGAAAACCUUCGUCAACAUCACGCCAGCUGAGGUUGGUGUCCUGGUUGGCAAAGACCGGUCAAGUUUUUUCGUGAACGGGCUGACACUUGGGGGCCAGAAAUGCUCUGUUAUCCGGGACUCGCUGCUGCAGGACGGGGAAUUUACCAUGGAUCUCCGUACCAAGAGCACCGGCGGAGCUCCCACCUUCAACAUCACUGUCACCAUGACUGCCAAGACGCUAGUCCUGCUGAUGGGCAAAGAAGGUGUCCACGGCGGGAUGAUCAACAAGAAAUGUUAUGAAAUGGCCUCCCACCUGCGGCGUUCCCAGUACUGACCUCGUCCACCCCUCCCCCCCACCACCCCCACUGCUUUUGCACCCCUCUCCUUCCCAUACACACACGUACACCAUUUUUAUUUUUUGGGCCAUUACCCCACACCCCUUGUUGCUGCCAAAACCACACGGGCUGGGGGCUGGGGCUGGAUGGACAGACACCUCCCCCUCCCUGUACCCCUCCUGUGUGUGGUUGGAAAACUUUUUUGUUUUUUGGGUUUUUUUUUUUUUUUUCUGAAUAAAAAAGAUUCUACUAACAA